GUGGUGCAGAGAUGAGAGAGAUGGGACAGGAGUGGUGGGGUCUCUGAUCAUAGCUUCCAAGCAUCCCGGAAAGGUACCCUCAACCUCGGCCUGAAGUGUGGAUCAGUCUUAGGGCCUUAGGGACUUGAGGCCACAACGGUCACUGAGAUGCUGAUCAUCUGAAAGCCCGCCGCUGCCUCGUUUCCGCCGGGGGCCUCGUCCCCGCAGCCCUGACGCAUCCUUCUUCCCGGCGGCCGAUAAACAAGUCAACGGACUCGAACCGACUGGAGCCAUGUGGCGGUUUCUGAGGGCUGCCGUGCCUGCUGCGCGCCAGAAAGCGCAGCUGGUCCAGGAACGAGCUGCGCAGACGAGCGCCAGCGGAGCCAGGGGAAGGAAGCCAUGGAAGGAGGGUCUCCGGCGGAAGAUGCUGGAGCCACGCAUUCCGCUUCGGCGAGUCGAGGAGCUGAUUGCCACAUUGCACCCAGAGCAACGGGCAGUGGUGGAUCUGGCCUUGGAUGGCCAGAACAUCUUUCUGACUGGCCUGCCUGGGAGUGGGAAGAGCUAUGUCUUGAAGCAGCUGGUGCAGCUUUUGCAGCAUCGGGAUGGUCUCCCCUCUGUGGGAGUCACUGCAUCCACGGGCGUGGCGGGAAUUCACGUGCAGGGGAGCACCAUCCACUCCUUCCUGGGCUGUGGGCGCGCAGAGAGCCAGAAGGACUGGGAGGAGGCAGCAGAGAACCCGAAAGUGCAUGAAAGACUUGGUGCUUUGAAGACCUUGGUGAUCGACGAGGUGAGCAUGCUUUCGGGAGAGUUCCUGGAUCGGGCCAACGAGCUGAUCUGCCGAGUGCGAGGUGGGAAGGUCUUCGGGGGUUUGCAGGUGAUCUUCUGCGGAGACUUCUUGCAGCUGCCCCCGAUGAAGCGUGAGGUCAUGGCCUUUGAGGCAAAUGCAUGGUCGGAGCUGCAGUUGAAGUGCAUCACUUUGCAGCAGAACCAUCGCCACUUUGAUGAUCGCUUGCGCACUCUCCUUUGUCAACUGCGCUCCGGCCCCUCCUCCGCGCCGUCGGCCGCGCUGCGGGCACUGAAGACACCGGAGGAGGAGGAAGCCAUGGCCUACCCGACGAUCGUGAGCACCAACAAAGAAGCUCAGGCCGAGAACCAACGACGCCUGGAGGCCUUGCCAGGUGACGAGCAUGCCUACGAGGCAACGGAUUCGUUCGAGCUGCCGGGGAGCACGGCACGGCAAGCACUGCAGCAUGGUCGCUUUGAGAAGCUCUUGAAGCUGAAAGUGGGCGCUGUGGUCAUGCUCUUGGUGAACAAGCGCUUGCCGCACCGGUGCCACCGUGGCGCCCCAAGGGCCUUCAGCAUGCCCAGCUUGACGAGUGGUGGAGCCUUAGCGGCCCUGGAAGCCUUGGCGAAGCCAAAUCAGAUGAUGGCACUUCCGGAGGAGUACCGCGAGACACCCCUCGUGAAUGGAAGUGUAGGCGUCGUGGUAGGCUUUGAGACCUCUCCGGAGCUUCCCGACGAUGCGACCGCCUACCCCGUGGUGGAGUUUGCCAAGGGCCUCCGUGUCACCGUCACACCGGUGACGGACAGUGGGGAGUUGGGCUUCUUGGGGCAGUACGAGCGGCGGCAACUGCCCUUGAAGCUGGCGUGGGCGUUGACGGUGCACAAGAUGCAGGGUUUGACCCUGCGGAGUGGGGAGCUCAAACUUGCCCGGGUCUUCGACACUGCUCAACUCUACGUGGCCUUGUCGCGCUUCCAAUCCCUGGACUCGGUCGCCAUCCGCUCCCUGCCCGUGCGCUGGCCGGUGCCCUGCGAGCGCGCCCAGCGGGCGCGCGCGUUCCAUGCGCAGCUGGAGAAGGACAUGGGCCUUGUGGAGACAAGCCCUGUGGUGGCCGAGGUGGGCGAUUGCAGCUGAGCAGCUUGGGGGGUUUUAAAGUUUAGGGUGGGGUGUGCAAUUUCCAACCUUGAUGCCAAUCGGCACUUGGAAACACAGUGCAACACUCUGCUGGGGGUUUUGUUAGCACAGAGCCCGCGUGUACAUGCGCACAGUGGACCACUGGGGCAACGGUCCCGCGCGUUGUGCUGGGAUCUGUGAGCAAA